UGUAAGUAGUAAAAUUGAGAGAUAUUGUUGUUUAAAAUUUCUUUUAUUAUUUCUUGGAGAAAAUAUUUGAAAGAUGGCAGAAAAUGUCAACAAUCCAUAUGAUAUUAAUGGACAAUAUUUCAAUUCUGACAUGUAUUUUCAAAAGUUAUUAAAGGAAUGUACACUAAAGCAAAUUAUGGAUCACGAAUCUGAGAUUAUAAAAAAUACUCAGACUUUACAUUCAGAUAUGCAGACUUUGGUAUAUGAAAAUUAUAAUAAAUUUAUAUCUGCCACAGAUACUAUUCGUAAGAUGAAAGCAGACUUCAAGGAAAUGGAAGACAGUAUGGAUCUCUUGGCAAAGAAUAUGGAUAGCAUUACUUCUUUUUCAGAGCAGAUCUCUUCAACUUUACAUGGAACAAGACAACAAAUUGCCAAGUUGUCUUCUGUACAUACUCUGUUAAAAAAAUUGCAAUUUCUUUUCAAGUUGCCUGGCAAUCUUAAAGAUAGAAUGAAUGAAGAAAAUUAUGAGCAAGCAGUUAAAGAUUAUGUUCAUGCGCAAAGAGUUUUAAAUCAAUACAGUAAUAUGCCAUCCUUCCAAGGCAUUCAGAGAGAUUGCGAAGAUAUUUUAGAAGAAUUAAAAUCCAAACUCAGAUUACAAUUUCAUAAAAGAGACACUUCCAUUAAAGCUCUAGCCGAAAAUGUCGAAUUUUUAUUACAAUUAAAAGAACCAGCUGAUUCUUUAUGCAUUGAGUUCUUAACACAUACUGAAGGAAGAUUAACAGAACAAUUAGAAAUCCUGAAAAAUAUGUGCGAAAAUGAUAUUAUAGAGUUUAUGGAUAUGGCUUCUUCAGGAUUUCUCAGUAAUUUGUGCCUGAUUGUGGCUUCCUAUAACGAUAUGUUCAUAAAUCGAUUAUUGAAAGAUAAUGAUUUAGUUGAUGACUUUGAAAUAAAAGCUGAAAAUCAUUUGAAUAAAUUUAUUGUGAGCAAUAUGAAAAAAUAUUUUGAUAUAGUGAGCAAACGAGUAGAAGAUGUGAGUGAUACAGCACUUUUGGUGAGAGUUCUUGACAGAUUUCAUCACAAACUGCAGGCAAUGAAAAUAUGCAAGGAAAAGAACUUUGCCAAAAUUGGAACUGACAUUGUUGUGAAUGCUGGCCGAAAGCAAUGUCGCAAUCAUUUACACAGUUUGAAGCAACACUUAAGCGAAACUUUAGUAAAAGUGAGACAAACAUUAGCCACCAAACUUACACAGAAUAGUGACGGAAACUUAACAGAACUUCAAGCCAUGCUUAUCAUACCUAUCAUUGAAAAAGUUAAAGGAGUUUUGCAGGAUUUAUUGGUAUUUUUGCAACAAGAUCUAUCGUUUAAUCGAAAGACGCAGUUUCUGCAAAGUUUUUGUGUGGAUGAAGUAAGAGAAGGAUUAGUAAUUGGUUUCCUGCAUCAUCUUACAGCUACAGCAGCUGGAUUCUGCAAUGGAUCUGAUGUGCCAAAAUUUCCGCCCACUUUAUUACUUUUGCUCAGUAAAAUGUGCAUUGAAUAUAAAGAUAGCAACGUCCGUUAUUUGCUCACGACCACCGAUGAUCUUUUCAGUAUUGAUCAAUAUACAUCUUCAGAAAACAUAACUCCCAGGUCAGAAAUAUGUAAUCACUUUCAGGAAGCUGCACAAAAUUUGCUGAAUCAUUAUGUACGAAUUCAAGGAUUAGCAGUUUCCCAAAUGUUAAGGAAAUCCGUAGAAACCAGGGAUUGGUUGCACACAAUUGAACCUAGAACUGUGAGAGCUGUGAUGAAGAGAGUUGUUGAAGAUGUAACAGCUAUUGAUUCCCAAGUUGCUGCUCUAUAUGAUGACAAUGAUGGUCAAAUAGAUAGAAGUAGCGACAGCAGUAGAAAGACUCACAGCAUUAGUGUCUCGAAACAUCACUAUAGGUCAAAUUGGUCAUCCUAUACACCCAGUCACAUCGAUUCCUCUCUAGUGUCGAAUAUUCAUAAACUGUUCUCCGAACGGAUUGAGAUUUUUUCGUCCGUGCAAUUCAACAAGGCGUCUAUUCUAACAGGAAUCAUUAAAAUAAGCUUAAAAACUUUUCUAGAAUGUGUAAGAUUGCGAACGUUCAGUAAAUAUGGUUUGCAACAAAUCCAGGUGGACACUCAUUAUUUGCAGCUUUAUCUGUGGGGAUUCGUGUCGGAUGAAAACGUGGUUCAUUUUUUACUGGACGAGAUUUUGGGUAGUGCAGUACACAGAUGUUUGGAACCAGUUUUGAUGGAGCCCAGUGUGGUAGAUAUUAUUUGUGAAAGGGGUUGAAUUGUGAACAACUGCAAAUUAUUUUUUGUGCAAUUGUAUAUGCUAUAAUAUAUAAAUGGAUAUGAUCGAUCAAUUAAGAGAUGAACGAGGUCGCAAUAAGUUCAUAUUAUAUGGGAUAUAUCAGGGAGAACUUGGUUGUAGCCCCUUGACAGUGGUUACACUCGACUUAAUUCAGACUUCCUCUCUCUUGGGAUGAGAUUCAUUCGGCGAGUAUCCGGCCUGGGCCCACGCAUCGCAUUCUAUCCAAUUUAAUAUUUUCUCCUGUAAAUUUUGCUCUUGGGAAGCCAUGUCAAAUUU